UCAUCGGAGGGUCGUUUUUCUUGACUUUUCCGUCCAUUUUCUUUCAGUCGUCACUCCAACCAACCUUUUUAACCGGGACAACAUGGCUACUGCAACCAGCCGUUAUUACAGCGAAGACGGCAGGGCAACGAAACGACAGAAAACCGACGGAAUGGCAACGGGCUAUGAGGACCCGCACAAGACCCUUCCGUCUGUGGUGGUGCAUAUCCGUGGACUGGUGGAUGGGGUCACUGAGGCGGAUUUGGUGGAGGCCCUCCAGGAGUUUGGAGCAAUUAGCUAUGUUGUUGUGAUGCCCAAGAAGCGUCAGGCCCUGGUGGAGUAUGAGGACAUGAACGGCUCCUCCACUGCCGUGACCUACGCCGCAGACAACCAGGUGUACAUUGCAGGCCACCCGGCCUUCAUCAACUACUCCACCAGCCAGAAAAUAUCAAGGCCCGGAGACUCAGACGACUCCCGCACCGUCAACAACGUCCUGCUCCUCACCAUCAUGAACCCCAUCUACCCCAUCACCUCGGAUGUCUUGUACACCAUCUGCAACAACUGUGGGCCUGUCCAGAGGAUUGUAAUCUUCAGGAAGAAUGGUGUACAAGCCAUGGUCGAAUUCGACUCGGUUCAGAGUGCACAGAGAGCAAAGGCCUCGCUCAACGGAGCGGACAUAUACUCCGGCUGUUGUACUCUCAAGAUCGAGUAUGCCAAGCCUACUCGUCUGAACGUGUUCAAGAAUGACCAGGACACCUGGGACUAUACCAACCCCAACCUGGGAGGACCCGAUGGUGACGCAGAUGGAAACGGAAGCAAUUCAGAGGAUGUGAAUGCCAACCCCAACAAACGGCAGAGGCAGCCUGCUCUGCUGGGCGACCACCCCCCAGAGUACUCUGGUGGUUACCACGGCGGCUACGACGACAGCUACGGCUCCCCGCCCUACGAGGGCCGACGCAUGGGUCCCCCGAUGAGGGGCCGUGGUGGGCGGAGCUUCGCCCCCGGCUACGGCCCCCCUCCUCCCCCUCCCGGGGAGUAUGGUGCCCACGCCGACUCUCCUGUCGUCAUGGUGUACGGCCUGGAGCCCGUCAAGAUGAACGCGGACAAAGUCUUCAACGUCUUCUGUCUCUAUGGCAACGUGGAGCGAGUGAAGUUCAUGAAGAGUAAGCCCGGGGCAGCCAUGGUGGAGAUGGGAGACUGCUACGCUGUCGACCGUGCCAUCACUCACCUCAACAACAACUUCUUGUUCGGCCAGAAACUCAAUGUCUGUGUGUCCAAGCAGCAGGCCAUCAUGCCGGGCCAGUGCUACGAGCUGGAGGACGGGAGCAGCAGCUUCAAAGACUUCCACGGCUCCAGGAACAACCGAUUCACGUCCCCGGAGCAGGCGGCCAAGAACCGCAUCCAGCACCCCAGCAACGUGCUGCACUUCUUCAACGCACAGCCCGAGUCGUCGACGGAGAUCUUCGGUCAGAUUUGUGAAGAAAUUGGUGUCAAGUGUCCAAUCAACAUCAAGCUGUUCACUGGAAAGAUGACUGAAUGCCCACCAGGUGGCGCCGCACCCAGUGAGCGCAGUGCGUCUGGACUUCUGGAAUGGGAGUCAAUCAACGACGCCAUGGAGGCUCUGGCCAUGAUGAACCACCACCAGAUGAAGAACACAACUGGCCCGUACCCAUACACCCUGAAGCUGUGCUUCUCCACCGUACAACACGCCAACUGAGUGUUUUCCUGGCUGCUGCAGAGAUCACCAAGUCCACCAUUCCCCACCAAUCCUUACCGGAGGCACCUCAAAUAUUAGCGGAUUAGACCAGCCUGAAUCAUUAUAUAUUUUUUGAUUUUUACCUUGACACUUAUUUGGCCAUUCUGUGAUUCAGCCUGUUGUGGGUCUCAUCCAGAUGUUUGAAAGGUGGUUUGUGUGUAUUUUCUCUGGUGGCAAUUCUCGCUUGUCUGUAGUCCUUGUGAUGCAAUGUUCUGUUGUCCUUUUUACUUGGAUAUUCUUAUACAACAGCUUUGAGAUGGUAUAUUUCAUAAAAGUUGUUUUUAUGCUCGGGUGGUUAGGAAAAACAUGGUUUUGUAUAAGAUUUUGUUUUAUUUUUAUUUUUAUUGCUGCCUCUUCUGCCCCUUCAAGAAUCUGUUAAUAUGCAGGGCAGUCCGUUUUUUGUUGUAAGAAAAAUAAAACAAGAACAUUAAUGAA